GUUCUGAACUCUGCUUUGGAGACUAGUGGCACAUGGAUUGGACGAAGGCUGCUACAGGAAGCUGAAGAGAAUGUCACGGAUGACCCUGAAGAAACCAGACAUCUCUAUCUCAAAAACUGCACUGAACCAGCUCUCCAUGAAUUUCCCAGUGACAUCUUUACAAAUGAAGACCGGCGACAUGGAGCAGUACUUUUGCAUGCAUUCUGUGCUGUCUACAUGUUCUACGCUUUGGCCAUUGUCUGUGAUGAUUUCUUUGUUCCUUCUUUGGAAAAGAUUUGUGAACGCUUGCACCUCAGUGAAGAUGUGGCAGGGGCAACAUUCAUGGCAGCUGGCAGCUCUGCUCCUGAACUGUUUACAUCCGUCAUAGGUGUGUUUAUCACAAAAGGAGAUGUUGGUGUGGGAACCAUUGUCGGCUCUGCUGUAUUCAACAUUCUCUGUAUAAUUGGGGUUUGUGGCCUCUUUGCGGGACAGGUUGUUGCUCUGUCAUCUUGGUGUCUCCUGAGGGAUUCAUCGUACUACACCUGUUCUAUCGUUGCACUGAUUUUGUUUAUUUAUGAUGAAGAGGUUACUUGGUGGGAGUCCUUAAUUUUAGUGCUGAUGUACGUCGUCUACAUUCUCAUCAUGAAGUUUAAUUCCAGUCUACAACGUAUAUUUGAAAAGAGGACAAAGAAUGUGACAAACCUGGUGAAUGGAUUGGCAAGUAACACAGAGAUGGAUGAUAACAGCAACUGUGAUGCUACUGUGGUAUUACUAAAGAAAGGAAAUUUCCACCGUAAAGCAUCCGUGAUCAUGGUGGAUGAACUGCUGUCUGCAUAUCCACACCAGCUUUCCUUCUCAGAAGCUGGGCUCCGGAUAAUGAUAACCAGCCACUUUCCUCCCAGAACCCGGCUCUCCAUGGCCAGCCGCAUGUUGAUCAAUGAGAGGCAGAGACUAAUAAACAGCAGAGUAUACACUAAUGGAGAAUCAGAGGUGGCUAUCAAGGUCCCUGUCAAGCAUACUAUGGAGAAUGGAUCAGGGCUAAUCAAUGUGGCAGACAGGGGAACAAAUGGGACUAGAAGAGAUGAGGAAGCUGCAGAGGCAGGAAAUGAAACAGAGAAUGAAACGGAUGACAAUGAAAACAAUGAGAAUGAUGAAGAAGAGGAGGAGGAGGAGGAGGAAAGCAGUCCAUAUACUCCAUUUGAUCCACCAUCUGGCUGUGUAGAAAUACUCAAGUGGCUGUUCACCUGGCCUCUGUCUUUGGUCUUGUACUUCACGGUGCCCAACUGUAACAAGCCUCGCUGGGAGAAGUGGUUCCUGGUCACUUUCACUUCCUCCACACUUUGGAUUGCAGCCUUUUCCUAUGUGAUGGUGUGGAUGGUUACAAUCAUUGGCUAUACUUUGGGUAUUCCAGAUGUGAUCAUGGGGAUAACAUUUCUGGCAGCUGGGACCAGUGUACCUGAUUGCAUGGCGAGCCUUAUUGUAGCCAGACAAGGAAUGGGAGAUAUGGCUGUAUCGAAUUCCAUUGGAAGCAAUGUCUUUGACAUUCUCAUUGGCCUUGGUCUUCCGUGGUCUCUACACACUCUUGCUGUGAAUUAUGGCUCUUCUAUCCGUUUGAACAGCAGAGGGCUUAUUUAUUCUGUGGGCCUGCUGUUGGCAUCGGUUUUUUUCACCGUGUUUGGUGUCCACUUGAACAAAUGGAAACUAGAUAAGAAGCUGGGGUGUGUGUGCCUUUCUCUCUAUGGCAUAUUCUUGUGUUUCUCCAUCAUGACGGAGUUUAACGUCUUCACUUUUGUGAAUUUGCCUAUGUGCAGAGAUCACUGAUCAUGGGAGCAGACUGCUGUGAGGCAGCGUCCUCCUUUACCUGUGCAAUAUGGAACAUGGUUGGUGGCAUCUUCAAGCAGCGU